AUGCGUCUGUUCAAGGCCGACUUUUUCAAGCCCAAGGCAGCAAGAACUAUGCAUUUCUCGCACCUGAGCAACAACACCAACCCGACAUGGUGGAAAGAUGCCGGCCUACGCAAAAACGUAUAUCAUUGUGUUGGUCUUUACUUUUGUGUCUUCUACUUGGGUUAUGAUGCCUCACUCAUGAACGGACUCCAAGCCAUACCAGAAUGGGAGGAAUACUUCAACAAUCCUUCAGGAAGCGUCCUGGGCUUCAUAUCCGCCAGUCUCUUCCUCCCAGCCAUCGUGACGCCUUUUGCGGCUUCCUGGAUCAACGGGCUCUGGGGCCGCAAAGUCUGCCUCGGUGUCGGAUCAGUGCUCCUGAUCCUCGGCGCCUUCCUCAACGCGUUCGCCACGAACAUUGGGACAUUCAUCGGCGGUCGUGUCAUCAUGGGUGCCGCUGGGCCCUUCGGCAAGAUCACCGGCAUCGCCAUGCUGCAAGAGCUGGCGCACCCACGGCUACGUCCGUACGUUGCCACUGCGUACUACAGCAACUACUACUUUGGCCAGAUAACCGCCGCAUGGUUCUGUUUCGGGACCUUGUCCUGGCGGUCUACCGACUGGAGAUGGCGCGCACCAUGCCUUUUCCAGGCGUUCGCGCCGUUCCUGGUACUCGUCCAUUUGUUCUUCAUGCCGGAGAGCCCUCGGUGGCUGAUUGAUAACGACCGGUCGGAAGAAGCCCUGAAGAUCCUCGCGCAGGGACACGCCAACGGCGACAUCAACGACGAGCUGGUCAGGUACGAGUACGAGGAGAUUUGCCAGGCCAUCCAGUCCGAGAAGGAAAACCAGAAGAGCAGGUACUCGGACUUCCUCAAGACACCGGGGAACAGACGUCGCCUUCUCGUGCUUGUGACGAUGGGCACAGGCUCCAACUGGGUCGGCAACGGCAUCAUCGCAUACUACCUGUCUCCGGCGUUGAAGCUCGUUGGCAUCAACAAGGCAGACCAGAUUGCGGGGAUCAACGGCGGCCUGGCUGUCUGGUCGCUGCUGUGGGCAUAUCUCGGAGCCCUCAAUGCCGAGCGCGUCGGCCGGCGGCCGCUGUGGCUCGUGGGCACAGCUGGCAUGUUGUGCACCUACAUCCUGAUCACGGGGCUCAGCGGGUCGUUCGAUCAUGGCCCGUCCCGCUCCGUGGGCAUCGCCGUGGUGCCCAUGAUGUUCAUCUACAAGACGUUUUACUGCAUGAGCUGGUCGCCGUUGCCGUUUGCCUACGGUGCGGAGAUUCUGCCCUACCAUAUGCGACUCAAGGGUCUGAGUAUUGAGCUCAGCGUCCAGAGCGUGGCGCUGACAUUCAACCAAUGGGUCAACCCGGUGGCGUUGGAGGCCAUGAAGUGGAAAUAG